AUGGACACAUGCCAGCAAACGGUUGCAGUUUUGCCUUGUUUGGCAAAACUGCCAAACAAGCGUCUCAAAAUGUUCCGUAGCUCAAAGGAGGGUGCGCGCUCGUGCAAGUUAGCUGAGCUGGCCUGGCGUCGGCAACUGUUGGCCUUCGACGCGGUCAGUAACGCGAGCGACGCCUCCGCCGCGGUCUCGAGUUCUCGGCCGGGACCCAAGCAGGGCACCGGGUCCGAUGUCCUGGCCGUGGCGUCCGCCGGCAAAGCGGGCAGGAUCGUCCUGCUGACCGCUGGCCAACUGCUCAACGACACCGGUGCAUACCGCGUCUUCGGGGAGAAGCGCGUCCGAAAGGCUGCCGGCUUCGAGAUAGCCUACGACUACUAUUUCAAGUCUGACGACCCGCCACAUGAGAACAAGAACUCCAAGGGCAUUACCAAGAGGUCCAUGCCGCUCAUCAUGGCCACCUCAUUCCUGGUCAUCCUGAUUGUCUGCAUCGCCGUGUGCGUCAGCGGAAUCUGCUGGGAACGCACGCGACGUCUUGUGGCGAGCAGAGCGGCCUCGACACACGUUACGUCGAUGGAAGUGUCUCACCACAACGCUGCAGCCGGAGACUCCAACAUCCCGUCGUAUAGCAACGACAAGUACAUGAUUUGAUAGCUGUACAACGUGUGAACUU